CGUAUGCUUAAAAUAGAAAAAUGCAAUGCAAACAGAGGAAUUUAUUUUUCGCAAGCACAUUGUCAAACUCGCACAAACGUAAGAACUGACCAUCUAGUUAGGAAUCGUUUUGUGACAACAUUAGAUGCAUAUAAAAUUUCAAAUCUAUAUGCAAGUGGAAUAAGAUUGUUAAAGGAUUUUUUGUGCAAUCCCAAACAGAUUUCAGCUGGAGUAGGAGAAAAAGCAGCUCUGAAGAGACUAAUAAAUACACUGAUCAAUAUGGAAUGUUGCACAAGUAUAUGGCAUGGUUACAUUGACCUGAUAUUAGGAACAGAUGUUCCUGUUGUGGCAGUCAAAGAAGAAUCAAUGACAGGAAACCAGUCAGCGGAUGAGGUUAGAUCUGUGAGCGAAUUUCCAUCCAAGCGUAGAGAGCAAAUAAUUGCACAGACCAUCGUGUUCUCUUUUCUGCAGAAAAAAGAAGAAAACAGUUAUGAGAAUUACCUAAUUCCAUGCGUAGGAGUGGCUAAAAAUUAUGUUUCUUUUUUCAUGUACGACUGUGAGAAUGACAUCUUGCUUGAAAGUGCGCAGAUUAAACUUUUGAGUGUUCAAGGUGGUGACAUAUUGGAGACAGGUGUGUUGGCACUAUGGCUUGCUAUAAAUUACCGUUAUACUUGCUCCGGAGUAACACAACAUAUGAUUGACACAGGAUUUAAAGCAGAGUUUCCUAAACAUGCUGGAAAAGUGUUUGAAACUUACAAAAAGAAUGUACAGUUUGGUUGUGGCUUAGGGGAAGAUAAAAAGAAUAUGUAUGCACCUGAUGAAAUUGAUUACAUAAAUUUGCAUUAACCUUUGAUCCCAGUUUUCAGCUGUAAUCACUUUGAUGCUGUAGCCACCGGGAUAAAACAGUUUGCAAAAAGUUGCUAAUGACUUAUGCAGUUAGUCCCAAAAUCAACUUGUGACUUUAGAGAUGUCUGAUAUUAUUUUUAAAUUUAGAUUUGCUUUGAAAACAAAAUUGUUCAGGUUGGUAAUAUAGCACUACUGAUUGUUUUACAAGAUAAAAAAAAUGAAUAUGAAAGUGCUUUGAAUCUCUCCAAAGUAUACAUUCAGAAGUUGAAGAAAGUCACUAUACAUUCUCACAAAAAAGUGGACAACAAGACUAACUUAUGCAUGUACUUAUAACAUAAAGAUUAAAUUUCCUUUUUACUAUAAAAAUGUUGAUGCAUAUAGAAAUAAUAAUGAACAAAUCCAAGAAUACUUCUGUCGGAACUUUUUUUGUAACAUUUUAUUCCCCAGAUUCAGAUACAUCAGGAAUGCCUAUUGUUUUAUGCCCCCGAAGGGAGGCAUAUUAAAAUGGCACCAUCUGUCUGUCCCUCCGUCUGGCAUAAAUGUCUACCACAUCAAGAUGAUAUGUCGCGUCCAAGAAACAUAUCCCUACGUCAAUGGUCAAGGUCAUUUUGAAGUUUCACAUUAUUGCAAUUGGAGAAGUUAGGUACACACAUUCGUGUCCGGAUUGUAACUUUGUCAUGCAUUGGAUGAUUUUAGAAUAACUAGGCAUAAAUGUGUACCACAUCAAGACGAUGUAUCGCGAUCAAGAAUUACGUCCCAACCUCAGAGGUUAAUGUCAUACUUAAUUUUGAAGUUUCACAUUGUCACAAUUAGAAUUAAUAGGUGCACACAAUCGUGUUCAGGCUGUAACUUUGUCAUGCAUCGAAAAAAUUUAGAAUUACUUGGCACAAACGUCUACCACAUAGAGACAAUGUGUCGCGUUUAACAAUCAUGUCCCCACCUCAAAGGUCAAGGUCACACUAACAUUUUGAAGUUUCAGUUUAUAGGUACACACAUUUGUGUCCUGAUUGUAACUUUGUCAUGCAUAGAAGGAUUUGAGAAUAACUUGGCAUAAAUGUCAACCACAUCAAGACGAUGUGUUGUAUUCAAUGAUCAGGUCCCUACCUCAAAGGUCAAGGUCACACUACCAUUCUGAAGUUCACUUUAUCACAAUUAGAGUUUAUAGGUACACACAUUCGUGUCCGGACUGUAACAUUGUAAUGCAUCGAAGGAUUUUAAAAUUACUAGGCAUAAAUGUCUACAACAUCAAGACAAUAUGUAACAACUCAAACCCAUUUCCCUACCUUUAAGGUCAAGGUCACACAUAUAGUUUGAAGGUACUCAUUCACUGGAGAAGAGUUUGAAGAUACACAUUCAUGUCUUGACUGUAACUUUGUCAUGCAUUGAAGGAUUUCAAAAUAAGUUGGCACAAAUGUCUACCACAUCAAGACAAUGUGUCGCGGCUAAUGCUCAUGUCCGUCUGUUUGUCCGUGUGUCCCCACUUACACAGCAAUCAUGUCCGGACUGUAACUUUGUCAUGCAUUGAGGGAUUUUGAAAUAACUUGGCACAGAUGUCUAUCUCAUAGCAACAUUCUGUCGCGUCCAGGAACCACGUCCCUUCAAAGGUCAAGGUCACACUUAUAUUUUGAAGGUUCAUGCUAUCACAAUUAGAGAUUACAGGUUCAAUAAUACAAAGAACAAUAUUAGGCAAUUAGUUACUUUCAUUCUCUUUUCAUUAUACCUGCAUGCUUAAGAAACCUUUUCAGGGGCAUUUGUUACUUGGGUGACAGCUCUUGUUGGUCUGACCCGUUUAUUUUUGUCAUAAAACUUAAACCUUGACUACAACACCUACAGCCUCUUAGCUUAACAGGGCUGGUGCAUGUACCUAAAUGACCUUUACCUGCCAGGCCCAAGAGUUUAUAUGCUCAAACGUGAAGAUAGGUCACCAUUUCCCUAGUAUUGGCCUUUGUCAUUAAAUAGAAAUAUUAACAUAGAUGAGCUCUAACCAUCCCUGACUUCUAAACACUUAGUGUUCAAAUGUACCCAUUUAGCAAAUAUUUAUCUUAGCCAAUAAAGUUAAAAUGCUUUCAACCAAAGCCUUCUAACGUCACAUUUGUAUACAUAUUGAUGUGCUCUAUGUGUAUACUCACCAAGAGGUUAAAGGUGAAAGGUCACAAACCAACGGACAUUGGGUGUAACUGAUUAUACAUGUAGAGCACAGUUCAAGGUUAACAUGUAGCAAAGAUUAUAGCCUUGGCAAUAAAAUGAAUGUGCUUUCAUCCAAAAGCUUUCUUACUUAACAUGUUUAUUUAUCUUUAUGAGCUCUAACAACUAGUACCAAUUAUAUGUGACAGAGCAAAGAUCAUAUU